AUGGACUUGCGCAGGACUCAUAUAGUUGCGAAGGGAGCGGCUACAGCAGAGAGUGGAAGAGGGUUGAAAAGAGCAGAUCGUGUGCGCAAGGGGUUCGAGUAUAGAAUAUACGCAGCAGUUGGCUUGAGAGAGACUCUAGGCAGACAACACGGCUGUUCACUCACUUCAUUCUGGUCAGCGGCAGCCAGCGAGCUGGUCCUCUCUCGCACUGUUGUUGUCGCCUCCAGUGAUGACUCACUCACCGAGCAGUACACUCCACUGCUGCUACUGUCCGGUCGUACUACGCGACUGUAUGAGUAUCACUCGGUCGUGUGGUCACUGUAUAAAGGGCCACCAAUGUUCAUCAGCACACGACGGUUUGGAAAUCGUCCGUCUUCGGUGUAGUGAUGCUCUACAUCUACCCUGUAGAUCCGAAUUUGUUUGAAAAACGGCGACAAAUUCGGUUCUAGAGAGGUUUGUGUGGUGCAUAUUCCUUACGACCAGAAUUUUUAUCCUCCAUGUGUGGUGACCCCGACGGCAGUUUAUUUUUUAAAUAUAUAUACAUACGUAGUAUACAUUUGUACCUAUUAUUAUCAUAUAUUUUAAAUACAUUUAU